UUAGGUGGCACUGACUGGCACUGUUAGGUGGCACUGAUGUGCACUGAUAGGUGGCACUGAUUGGCAGCACUGAUGGGUGACACUGAAGGGCAGCUCAGAUGGGCACGAAUAUGUGGCAUUGAUGGGCACUGGCAGGCACUGAUAUGUGGCACUGAUGGGCACUGGCAUGUGGCACUGUUCAGCACUGACAGCUGGCACUGAUGGACACUGACAGGCUGCACUGAUGGGCACUAAUGAGGCUGCACUGAUGGGCACUAAUGAAGCAGCUACACUGAUGGGCACUGAGGAGGC